CAGAGUGCGCGGAGCAUUGGGGCUUUCCAGCUGUCACAGAACCUUCACCAUCCCCAGCUGCCAGUCUUGGCAUCUUCGAAGUAAGGAGAGUUUUAGAUGCUUCUGGAUGUUCAAUGCUAGCACCUUUACAGACUGGAGCUGCUCGAUUUUCUUCGUAUUUACUUUCAAGAGCAAGAAAAGUGCUGGGCUCCCACUUAUUUUCUCCCUGUGGUGUUCCGGAGUUCUGCUCCAUAUCCACCAGAAAGCUGGCGGCCCACGGCUUUGGCACAUCCAUGGCGGCAAUGGUGUCCUUCCCUCCCCAGAGGUAUCACUACUUUUUAGUGCUGGACUUUGAGGCCACGUGCGACAAGCCACAGAUUCAUCCUCAGGAAAUCAUCGAGUUCCCCAUCCUGAAGCUAAAUGGCCGGACUAUGGAGAUUGAGUCCACCUUUCACAUGUAUGUCCAGCCCGUAGUCCAUCCACAGCUUACCCCCUUCUGUACAGAGCUCACCGGGAUUAUUCAAGCCAUGGUGGAUGGUCAGCCAAGCCUGCAGCAAGUGCUGGAGAGGGUCGAUGAGUGGAUGGCGAAGGAAGGCCUCUUAGAUCCAAACGUCAAGUCAAUUUUUGUCACCUGUGGAGACUGGGACUUAAAAGUCAUGCUUCCAGGCCAAUGCCAGUACUUGGGCUUGCCAGUGGCAGAUUACUUCAAGCAGUGGAUUAAUCUGAAAAAGGUACUGUGUCUGCGCCCCACCCAGCCACCUCCUGUUCCAGAUGUACUUAAGGGCCCCACAGGAGAGAAGGGUUACUUCUGGACUUUAGCCCAGUCCUUACCAACAGCCAUUCAAGACCUAGAGGCUGCAGAGUCCUGGAGGGCCAGGGGCAUG